AUGGCUCGAGGAGCACCUCCUGCGGAACCGUCUGAUUUUGAAAAGCAGCGACUUGCGAACAUCGCAGAAAGAGAUGCGCUACUCAAGAAGUUGACCCAGGAAGCCCAACAAGCCGGCCUCUACUCCAAACCUGCCACGACAGGCACCCAGAAUGGGCAAAAGCGACCAGCGAAACGAAAGGACCUCCCCGCAAAACGAAUCAAGAAAGAGAUCGAAGUCGUACCUCGGCGCACAUCGUCCAGGUUAGCAGGAAUCCAAGCCGAUAGCGAGGUGGCCAAACUGAAGGCCGAGGAACAAUAUGAAAAGGCCAAAGAGCUGGAGAGAGAAAAGCGACAAAGAGUGACCGGGGAUUUGAGCUUCGCCAGUGGGACGAGCUUGAUAGGAGCAGAUGUUCUACUCAAGGGUGUGGCCAAACCGUAUGAACGGACAUUCGACGAGAACGACAUCCAGGAAACCACAGACAAGGAUCUGAAGGCAUUACGGCAACGGAUGAGCUCUUUGAAACUAUGGGAUGCGUGGGAACCCAACAGGAUCAAGAUGACGCCGGAAAGAAUCUUCAGCAUGAUGUUCCACCCGACGCCGACCAAGCCGAUUGUGUUUGCCGGCGACAAGAUAGGCAAUCUAGGGAUUGUCGACGCAUCACAAUCUCCGAAGACGUCGGCGGUGAAGCACGAGGAUGGGGAAGGAGAACAAGAAGAGGAUGACGACGAGGAGGAUGACGUCGAUCCAGAAAUAACCACCAUCAAGCCUCAUACUCGCACCAUCUCGGCAAUGCACAUGCACCCUUCGAAACCGGAAACACUCUACACCGCGUCCUAUGACUCCUCGAUCCGAGCCACGGAUCUUGAAAAGGCAGUCGCAGUGGAACUCUACGGACCGGCUGACAAGGAAGACGAUGAACCACUUUCUGGACUCGAUAUGGCUGAUACCGAUCCGAAUGUGGUCUACUUCACCACCUUGAACGGUGCAUUUGGAAGAUACGACGUACGACAAGACGCUUCUCAGGUUGAGAUGUUCCAAUUGUCCGAGAAAAAGAUAGGCGGCUUUUCAUUGCAUCCGUUAGCGCCGCACUAUGUGGCGACUGCGUCUCUGGACCGUUUCAUGCGGCUUUGGGAUUUGCGGAAGAUCACCAAGAAGAUGCCCACGUUAGUCGGUGAGCAUCAGUCCAGGUUGAGUGUCAGUCACGCUGCAUUCAAUACGGUUGGACAGGUGGCUACCACUAGUUACGACGAUACCAUCAAGAUUCACUCCUUUGGAGUCAACAACGAGACAGGCGAGGGCAUGGAUCGGUGGAAGCCUGGAUUUCAGCUCGAUCCAGCCGCUAUGAACCCGGAGGUGGUCAUGAGGCAUAACAAUCAGACUGGUCGAUGGACAACGAUCCUCAAACCCCGAUGGCAAAUGCAUCCCGAAGACAACACCCAGAAGCUUGUUGUCGGCAACAUGAAUCGCUUCGUCGACAUCUACGGCGCUGACGGCUCACAACUCGCCCAACUCGGCGGCCCAGACGAAGGCAUCACUGCGAUCCCCGCCGUGGCCGUCUUCCAUCCAUCAAAGAACUGGAUUGCAGGCGGCACCUCGUCUGGCAAACUAUGUUUGUGGAUGUAA